UUUUCUACAAACAGCCCUGUAAAUGCUCAGAAGCAGCUUUUGAAGUCGCUCGCCCCCCCACAUUGAUGGGGCUUUGGGACACUGUGUCCCAGCUGGCGAAGAUACCCUUAUCCCACUCUUUCACAGCCUAUCUGCAGUUUCCAGGCCCUGGAUCAGAGCAGGGCCCCAGCUGAGACACUAAAGACCAAGGUGGGAACGGAGCCGAGCUGGUGCACAGUGAUUCCUGGUGAGGUUGCAACAUUCACCUCUGGAGCCGAGCACACAACAUUCCCCUUCAAUCCCACUGAGAGCAAUCUCCAGCCACCCACCACCAUGUCCAAGGAUGAUGUGGGCUGCAAGCUGACCUCAGCAUACAAGCACAAGGAGAGGAAGCCAAAAAAGCCCCACUACAUCCCAAGGCCAUGGGGAAAGCCAUACAACUACAAAUGUUUCCAGUGUCCCUUCACCUGCAUGGAGAAGUCCCACCUCUACAACCACAUGAAAUACAGCCUGUGCAAGAAUUCACUCUCUCUCCUCAUUGAGUCAGACUGGCCCUACAAGAAGGGGAAUCUGCUUCACCCUGAGCUGCGCCUCCUGCACACAACAGAGGCCUCAUGCCUCCGUGGAAGGCGGGAUGAGCAGGAGACCUGCGACUCAUCAGCUGUGUCAGGAGCAUCAGUGAGCACCAAGCAAGCCUCCAGCAGAGACAGCCCUGAGGACAAGCCAACACCAGGGGUUGAGAUCCUGCCUGCUGAAGGGGCUGGUGAAGAAAGCAGCCAGUUCCAAGAGGAGGAGGAGGAUGUUGCUGGCCUGUUGAGGGAGAUGGAUGCAGGGGAGAAGGAGGAGAAAACUGAAGAGGCAGUUUGCCAUGGUGACCCAGCUGAACCAGAAGUGAACACUUUGGUCUUCGGUUUCAAGAACAAGAGAGACAAGCCUUGCAAAGAGGUGGAGCCUGACUUCAUCAUCACGGAUGUCUUCUCCCUCAAGAACCAUGUCAUGAAGAGCAGGGAAAUGACUUCACCAGACCUAGAAGCCAAGCCAAAGCAUUGCAAAGUGCCAAAGAAAUGCCUGGCCAGCAGUGGGAUCCUCAUGGAGCAGUGGAAGCUGGUGACAAAUGGGCAAAGAAGGAACACCCCCGAGGUCUCUCCACCUUGUACUGAAGGCAACAUCAUCCCUUGCUACCCCCCUCCAGCCUACAGUGACUACCAUGAACCUCAGGGCCUCAACCUCUCACUGCUGGGUAUUAACUAUCCAUUGAACCCCAAUUUCUUCUCCUACCUAAGCCCCACCAUGGCCAACAGUGCUACAGCUCACCCCCACUUGGCUCAGCUGCCCUUUCUGGCCUCCACAGCCCAGCUGAUGCACCCACAUGCCUCCCACUUCCAGCCCCUCCAGAGCCCUGAGCGCUCAGCUUUCCUCCCCCGCUUCUACUACCCCUUGCUCUUCGAGCAUACCUUUGGCACCACCGAAAACAAGAUGUCCACCAGCAAGCCAGAGGCCCAGCAGCCAGUAGGCUCUGUCAUGCCCACGCCUACCCAAGCCAAAACCUCCAGUGAACCAACAAAACCAGGGCUGCUGAAGGUACCUGUUCUGAAAACAAGCUUUCCUUGGUCAAAAGGUGUGCGAGAGGAGCCAGCCUCUGAACUCAGCCACAAUGCCAUGCUGGGGCAGGGAGGAGAGGAGAAAUGGCUGUCCCAAGAGAAGGAAAGCAUCCCAGCUUUAGGUCUCAACAACCUACGCAAAAUGCCAGCUACUGACAUCUACCAAAAUCUGAUGGGGAUCAAAGAUGGCACUUUUCCCCCCAGCAGCAUCCAGAAGGCUGAGUUACCAAUGGUGACCUGUCUGGAGACCACCAGCCCUCCAGGCAACUCCCUGAAGAGAAAGUUGCCUGCCAAUGGACUGGAUUUGCUGGGAUCGGAAACACUGAUCCCUGGAAAACUCAGCUACCAGACCAGUGGUUCAAGGGCCAACCCCAGCCACCUCCACCAGGCCCUGGACCAUUGGCACAUGGAUGUCCUUGCAGGCCAGCCUGAGGAGGCAGAGAAGACCAAUGGCUCUGAAGUUCUGCCCACUGCAGGUGCUGCCUCUGACCAUGGCCUCUGUAAGAAGAGCAGAGCACAAGAGACUUCUGCCACCACAAUGGACCCUGAGCCCACGACCAUGCUUACUGGGGACCUGUCCAAAACUUUAGAGGAGUACCAAGAGGUGGAGAAGAAACUGUCUGACUUGGCAAAGGAGGACACCCCUGGGCAAAAAGAGCUGAGGGAGCAGCUGGUCAAAAUCCGAAGGGAGCUCUAUCAUAUCCACCAAGCACUGGAGAAAUCCACCAAACCCCAUGAGGGGCCCUUGGACCUCUCGGUAAAGAGAUCCUCUGAAAGCGUGGAGAAGGUCCAACAGGCCAAGAAAGAACCCUGCAAUAUAAGCCUAGGAAGUGAGAAGAUCCACAGCAAAGAUCAAGAGGUCCUCAACAAAUAUACAGAAACUGGAGAAGCUGGAGAAGGGGAAGGGCUGGCAAACUGUCUCCUCGAGGCCGAAAACAAAACCAUCGACCUUCUGAUCAAGAUGAGCCGGUCAGAGAGCCUCCGGGCAUCUUCCUCUGAGGCCCAUCUAGGAACUGUGAUCAAAGCUGAAGUUUUGCCUCUCAACAUGCCGCUGGAGCUCCGGCACGUGAUGGAGCCUUAUUACAGCCGUACCACCAAGUGCGAGGCAGACUCCAGUGUCCUGCUCUGCUCAGAUGGCAGAUCCAACACCACCCAGGGCCCUCAGCUCCCAGCCACCGAGGAUGGGCCCCUAAGGUGCCGGGCCAUGCAGUGUUCGCUGUCCUGCAGCCUUCCCGGUGAGACAGACACAGUGUGUAUCCACAGCCCUUUGCAUGCAGACCCGUAAGUCCACCAUACUCAAAAGCUCCUGGAUGUCACUAAUCAUCUCAUGCACAACCUUCCCAGUCUAUGCCCCCCUUCCCCACAGAUGAAAGCUUAACCACUGUAUGAAUCUGAGGCCACGUCACACUGUGCUCCACCUAACUUCUUGUGACUGACUCCACGUGUAAGAAACCAGUUCCCCUCUUGCGUCUUUCUUCACUGCCAAGAACAGCACUCCUGGUUUGUGCAUACUCAACAAGCUCAGCUCACUGAAGUCACUGGAAGGCAAGUAAAGAAAACUGUUAAAAGCACAAAGCUUUCAGCAGAAGGCUCAGCCAACACCCCCCCCCCCUCCCCCAGCAGCAUCUUCUCAUUGGAGACACUCAGGGACUUUUGCAACCCAGCUCCCAUGACUUGCAGACAGAGGAGAAACCGCAAACGGAGUAUCUGAAAGGCCAAGGCCUGUAUCCAGCUAUGGUGGUGCUCAUACAGACUGUGGCUGUCAGCUUGUACAGAGCAAAGCCAGAGACCCUGUGACAGCUUCAGGGUCACAGCAGAGGACUGGUUGCCCCUAUGGACUGACUCAGAGGCCAAGCAGUUUCCACACUGUGGAGACAGGAGCAUCCUCCCAGCCAUACAGACAAGAUUACAUGGGAGCCUCCUUGCCUCAGAUCACAGCUCCACACCUGGGUGCUGAGCCUCCCUGGAAAAGGGGCCUGCCACAUGUGGAGACUGCUGGGCUGUGGGGACAUGUUCUUGCCCACUGUUCUAGUGUCCAGCUAUUUCUUUUGCCUUUACACAGAAACAAUCUUCCCUCCCUCUGCCCCCACAGACUCUCCCCAUGCACGUUCCUCGUGAACGCCUGUAUCCCUGCAGAAUGCCACUUCCUUGAGCUCCUGCAACUAGUCCUAAUCCUCCAGAUGAUGAUAAAAUGGGACAGCAAAAUAGGUGAAACAAUGCUGCAGCAAACGGCACUGUUUGAGGGGCAAAUAAACUAACAAUGACUGGAAAGGGACUUUGGGUUAUGAAGCUACCCGGCCUGUCCCAAGCUGGCCUACCUGGAAUAAUGCUGAACAGCCAUUCCUCAGCCAGAGAAGAUGGCAAAAUGAACAGCUGGGGAGCUAGCCACCCAGGGAAGUGCCUGCUGGCUUCCCUCUGUUGGGUGUGCAUUGGCCUUCCUGAAAGACCACCUUCUUCCCAUGCUUGCUGUGUGCUCUUGCCUCUGUUGGGCAGUCUGGUACCUACUGCUGGGCAGUUGCACCUCCCUGUAUCCUACCAUCUGGCUGAGCAUUAUCUGAUUUGACUCAGGAAGUCCCCAUGCUUGGGCCAGGAUUUCUUGGACUUCUUCCUGCUGUGGCAGGAAUAAUGUGCUCUCCUCAACACAGAAAAGCCAAGUACACUUUCCUAUCCUAUCUACACUCUCCAUUCAAGAGAUGGUGGGGUUUUCUGUUAGUGCCAAGGGCCUCCAUUGAUUCAGCCUGCUCAGCUUGUUCUUUGCACUGAGGAAAAAAAAAAGGGGGGGGGGGGAUAAAGAGGUCAAGAAACGAAGCCACAAAUAAGGAACCUAGACAGCAGAGCAAGGGAGCUUUAGACACUAGCUCUUCUCUGGGCACAAAGUGGACAUUGCUACUACAAGUGAAUGAAGAAGGCAGGCCCCUACCUGAGACCUGGGAAUCCCAGGUAGUUUGAUGGACCUGGGCAACAGGAAGAGUUAAAUCUUCUUGCCUGAUUGCUCUCUGGACAAAACUUCCACCUCAUCACAGAGGUUUAUUGCUUGCUCAAAAACUUUGUUCAGGGCACAUAGUCCUAUGGAGUUAUUGGUCUCUACUCUCUGGAGAAGCAAGUGCAGUGGUGGAAGAAGGGGGGGAGGUAUUCAAAAGGGGAGACACUCUGCUCAACACCAUGUCCCUUAGAAGGGUGUCAGGGAAGAAUUAGCUCCAGAGGCUCCUGAUAGGCCAUGGCCUGUUGCUUCUCAACAUGGCCCUUGUCCCACUAGGCUAUUGAAGCUAAUGAAACCCCACUAGCACAAGCCCCCAAGGUUGGGUGCAGAGUGCUCAGUCCUGGAGCCCAGAGGAGGUGAGGUUGGUCUUUUCUUUCUGAGUCUGAAGAGUGCUGUGGUCUUUGCAUGCUAUAACAUCAUCAGCACAGCAGCCUUCUCCAAACCAAGCACCUUGUUCACAUUAACCACUUCCAGCAGUUCAUCGGUCCUUCUCCAGCUUCUUCUAUCACCCUGUGCACCUCUGGCACAGGCACUUCCACACCAGCUUCCCUGUGCAUUUCUUCCCUCUUUACACCAGGACUCACUUUGCCCAAAGCAGAAUAGGGCACACAGAGACAACUAGGAAGCUGGAGCUCCGUUAUUCCUGUGACAUCCUUCCCUGUCCACCUCGCUUUUUCCUUCUCUGAGGAACAUCCAGACCCCUGGGUCCCUCCAUCCAUCCUAGUGUACAACCUCUUCCCACUUCCAAGCACCGCUUUGUUUUUCCUAGCAGACCCCUGGCUGAACUUGGGCACCUGGGAGGUGCUAGACACCAGAGAGGUAGUUGGACUCUGUAGUUGGACUUUAGCAGGAGAUCAGUGGACCUAAGCUUCAGGCUCAGAUCACCAGAUAAUACUGCCUUUCAUGCCUUUAUCUGAUGUAUUUCUUGAACACAGGUAGCCACUCCCUUCCCAGCCCCUCAAUUCAUCCUGCCCCCCCAAACUGGGAUGCAGCCACUGCUCACUAACGUCCAGGGAACUGAGGGCCUCUCCUGCGAGGUAGUGCCCAGGGAUGCAAGUGGAGCAGGUGCCAGCAGUCUUCACUAUGUUGCUUACAGAGGGCCAACGGAGAAAGUGAUGAGGGCGGGGGGGGGGGGGGGGCCGUCCAGUGGGAGGUAGAGGCCAAUCACAGUAUUUAUUGUUCACAGUUUUACGAAUGUACAAAACAAAACAAAACCAUUAAACAGAAGACUUCUGAACAGGA